CGGAUGUCCUCUAUCUUUGUAAAACGAUCUGACCGCCAGUGGAAUCGCUUUGGUGGGCGCCGGUUUCUGGUUGGGUGCACCUCUGGGUGCCCCGCCAUGGCUGCCCCCGCGGCUCUCCUAAUUUAGAGUCUAAUUAGCACCCGGAGGAACAGGAGGACCGGUGCACGGACAUCGAUUGGACGGUUACCAUCGCUUGCGAUAAAGAGGAGAAGGACGUAGGACAGAGACGACGAUAUCUCAGCAGUCGAGUCUUCAGCUCGUCUUCGCCGACUAGUGUGAAAUAUCGCGCCCAAGUGUUACGAGCACGGCCACGCGGCCGCGGUACUGAAUAGUCUUCUUCGAGAAACGCGUCUCCCAUCCUUCUUCGACCGAUCCGAUCCUCCUCUUCCGCCUUCGAACUCUUUUAUUCAACGUCCUUAUGAAUCGUUGAUCUAGAAAUCGAGUUUUAUCGAUUUUUCCUGUUUCCGCCUUCUCUUCUGUUAUCUCGAGGGCUUCGUUAAAACGGUGUUCGAUGGCGGAUUUAUAACAAACACCGACACACCCCGUCUCGUUGUUUUGGAAAUUGACAAAGGAAUAAGUGUCCGAAGUGCACUUCGGUGAACCUCUUCCGAGUGGAAGCUCGGGUCGCAGAGGUCGAAGGACGAUACGGUCAAGGAAGAGGGAAGAUGCAGCCAGCACCGACUACGCCUGGAUCUCCGCGUUCAUCUUGUUGUGAACGGGAUCGUGAGAGAGAAGUGCUCGAAGACCGUGAAAGAAGGAACAGCGUCGGUAGGCAGAGUCGAGGCACUCCUGAGGAAGAACAAGAGGAUAGAAAUAACGAGAGGACAGUGGUUUCCGGGCAGAAUCUCGGCGCCAUGACCGUCACCGGGAAUCAGGGAUUACCCCUUUCGUUGUCUCUGGAGGACAGGGACUUGUGGACCAAGUUCCAGUGUCUAACGAACGAGAUGAUCGUCACGAAAAACGGAAGGCGGAUGUUCCCCGUGGUAAAAGUGGUCGCGAGAGGAUUGGAGCCGAAAGCUAUGUACACCCUCCUGCUCGAAUUCGUCCAAGUGGACCCGCAUAGAUGGAAAUACGUGAACGGAGAAUGGGUCCCAGGUGGGAAAGCGGAAGUCGCGCCGCCGAAUCCUAUUUACAUCCAUCCGGAGAGCCCUAACUUCGGAUCUCACUGGAUGAAGGAAGCGGUGUCGUUCGCUAAAGUGAAACUGACCAACAAGUCCAACGGGAACGGGCAAAUCAUGUUGAACUCGUUGCACAAGUACGAACCCCGGGUUCACCUGGUUCGCGUAGACGCGGUGGAAGAGAGGACGGUCCUCACGUACCGUUACCCCGAGACACAGUUCAUAGCGGUGACGGCUUACCAAAACGAAGAAGUCACAAAUUUAAAGAUCAAAUACAAUCCUUUCGCGAAGGCGUUCCUAGACGCUAAAGAAAGGCCCGCCGAUCCUCAAACUUAUCCGCAAUACACCGGCGCUUGGUUUUUACCACAACCUACGAUGGGAUACGAAUAUAACACAGCGACGGCGAUUGCGGCCGCGCAAAAUCAAGCGUCAGUGACGGUUAAUAAUCAUCUCUCUAAUUCUUGCACUGUUUCUACAGCUGGCCACAGGAACACUUGUCGAUCGACGCCUUACACUCUGAGGCACAAAUACAUUCAAGACGAACAACGCGCGGAUCCGUACAGUUCAGUACAACUAUUGCAUUCCACAGCGUACGUGGCACCGCCGGGAUGGUCGCCACGCAGCCCGGAGUCUCUACAGAACUUGAACCCGGCUUGUCUGCCGGCGGCGCAAGAGUGGCCGACGUCUCCUUCGCCGUCGCCGACCUCGUCCUCGCAUACGGUGUACAGCAGAGGAGUCGUCGGUACGGCGUCGCCGACCAGUGCCACGGGAUGCACGCUGUACGUGCCGUCGAACCUUUCGUCCGUUCCCCAGGAGCACGGUCACUGCACCGACGCGUCAGCGUGGAUUCACCCCGCGACCCUCUCGGAGCAACAACAGCAGCAACAGUCUUACUUGAAUUUAAACCUACACCUGCAUCACCAAAUGUCAUCCUCAUACACGCCGGUUCCGUCUCACGCAGGGCUUCACCACUCGUUACACCCGAACGGUACCGACACGGUCCCACCCGUCGAUGAUUACGUUCACGAGUAUCACGCCUCUCCUGUGCAAUCGACCACGCCCGAUCGUCACCCACAGCAUCAUUCGCAAAUGAUACAUCUGCAGCCGAUGCAACAAGCCGGCACGGUGUCACCGGUUAGCGUAGAAUACGACGCUCCGUCGAAGGAGCAUCAUAUACAUAGUUACUCGGAACAAAAUGCGGAUACGCUGAACGAUGUCCAGUCGGACGAGAACCGAAGAUAUCUAACGACGGUUAUCGAUAGACAUCAUAGACAGGAGACGGAAAUCGCGAAUAACGAGCAUCAAGCUUCCGCAUGGACACCGCUGACACCUCCCCCGGCGCCGCAAACGACGGCGAUUUGAUUUAAGUAUGUGAUAAUCCCGGUUUUGUUCAAAGGUACGAAGUUGCUAGUUGAUAUUUGUUUUAAUCAGGAUUAGCGAUCUGAAUCGGAUAUCUGAUAGUAAGUACGCGUAAUAAGCUGUUCGAGUAUCCCCUUGGGUGCAAUACGUAUAUAACUAAUCAAAACGAUUAAUAAGAGCGAUGUAUAAAGUACCGUGGAGAUACGGAUAUGAAGAGAAAUUUAAGUGACGAGUAGAUUAAUAUUAAGCAACUAUUAAACUAAAUUGCGUGAAGUUCACAAUUGUCAAUGUCAAUUUC